CGGGAAUCCCGCGUGAGCAUCUCGCGAGAGUGGUCGAGGGCGGAAGCGCAGUCGGUGCAGGAUGCGGUUCCUGGUUGCGUUGACCCUGCUGAGCGUCGUUGCGGCGGGAGCCGCAUCGCGCGUAGACAACGCUUCGAAGACGGCUUCGCUCAGCCCAGCGCCAGCCCCCGAAAAUCAGCCACCAGAACUUGAGGAAGCAAAGGCUAAGGGUCCGUCUUCUAAAGAAGAACCAGGCAAGAACACCCUGAGCCAGUCGCCCUCCAGAGAAGGUUCUAGCAGUUCGGACCGAGUAAAACCAUCCUCCAGAGAAAACUCUAGCACUUCGGACCCGGGAAAACCGUCCACCAAAGGAGACUCUAGCAAUCCAGACCCGGGAAAACCGUCCACCACUGGAGACUCUAGCAAUCCAGACCCAGGAAAACCAUCCACCAAAGAAGACUCUAGCAGUUCGGAUCUCGGAAAACCGUCCACCAAAGGAGACUCUAGCAGUUUGGACCCGGGAAAACCGUCCACUACUGGAGACUCUAGCAAUCCAGACCCAGGAAAACCAUCCACCAAAGAAGACUCUAGCAGUUCGGACCCGGGAAAACCGUCCACCAAAGGAGACUCUAGCAGUCCGGACCCAGGAAAGCCGUCCCCCAGUGAAGGCUCUAGCAGUUCGGACCCGGGAAAACCAUCCACCAAAGAAGACUCUAGCAAUCCGGACCCAGAAAAACUGACUCUCAAAGAAAGUGCUAGCAAUUCGGACCCAGGACAGCAGCUGUUAACAAAAGAAGGCUCUGGCAAGCUCACUUCCAACUCAGACCGGCCAGCUGACAAAGGAGAGCUCUCUGUACUUGUUGCUAAGACGGACUCUGACGCCCCUUCUCCUCAGCAUGAAGGAGAAGGUAAGUCCUCAGUGCCUUCUGAAGAUGUGGAGCCCACAGAGGCAGAGGAAGGCGAUACAGAGCCUGAAGAGGACUCACCACCCAAAGAGAUGCCAGACCCUGCCCCCGGGGAGAACCAAGAAGGUCCACUUUUGGAUUCCAUGGGUAGCAAGGAAUCCAGUGUCCUUUAUAAGGACAUUCCUGGAAGUGCCAGUGCGGAGAGCAGCCACUUCUUUGCCUAUCUGGUGACUGCAGCCAUUCUUGUUGCUGUCCUCUAUAUUGCCUAUCACAACAAGCGGAAGAUUAUUGCUUUUGUCCUGGAAGGAAAAAGAUCCAAAGUCACAAGGCGGCCAAAGGCCAGUGACUACCAGCGUUUGGACCAGAAGAUUUGAUUUUUUUCCCUUGAGAACCUUGUCCUCCUGCUGAUGUUCCUAAAAUCACGAGACAUGAAGAAAAAGUACUGUGACCUAAGAGACACCCCCUCUCUGGGAUCUGGUGGCAAGUCUGAGCUGAAGGAGGCGGGGGGUCGCCUUGGUUUUUUGCACCUGCACUUUGGUGACCUUGUGUUCUGUGUUCCCUCCGUGUGUGCUGAUGUCUGCCAUCCUCUCCCCCUCUUGCGUGUGAGUGGAGGGGGCAGGUAGGAACUGGGCUGGGACCAAAGGGAGAUCCCAGCCCAGGGCAGGCUACUGCUGCUGACCAGCCUCCCUCGGGCCUUGGCUCUUUAGUAAAGUUGCCCCUUGACAAUGGCAUUGCACUCUGCUGUUUCAUUUUGCAGACCUAGGGGCAAACUGCUGGUUGAGGUGCUCUUCCUACAAAGGACUCUUCCUCUGGGGAGAUGUGCCCUUCAAAAGAUACGGAAGGUGGUGAAUGCUAAGGCAAAGGGCUACUUUGACCACAGUUUCUCUUUAGAGGCUUCAGCACCAAACGACAACAGCAGGUGGUGAAGUGCUUUACUGCCUGCAAGUCCAACCUGUUUAGAAGAAAUUCUUCACCUUUUUCUGUUAUUUUCAUAUUACUUAAGAUGAAUCCGUAUGCUGUUUGGAUGUACUGAGCAUAAAACUGAACUUGGGGUUUCUGGAAGUAAAGUGUAGAGUGUCUGUUCCCAUUGCAGCUUUUUGGUGGUUAUGAUUAUGGAGACAACGUUGUUUUCUCCCAUACUUAAAACCACACUCAAAAGGAAUGAUUUGAAGUAGGGCAAGUUCUUGUUUCAUGCAGGUAAAAAUUAGGAGGGUUUUGGUUUUCUCUGCAUUUUUUCCAAAGGGCUUUUGUGAAAUAAGUUGCCCACAAACUCCAUUUUGCCCUUAACACCUAAACUAAAUCUCCUUGUAUUUAUAAAUGUUCUCCCUGACAUGUUACCUUAAUCUGUUUAGUGGUCUUCUCACAUGAUAACAAAUGCCAGGGGUAACUAGUGAAAAUUUUCCAUCCAUCUAUCCCAUGUCAGGGAUUCUUAAAACGUAAGAAAUUCACUCAGCGUCCCUUGGGGAGUGAGGGUUGUAUCUGAAUCACGCUGCUGUGUGAAGUUGUGUUUCAAUCUGUUCUGGUCUGCCACCCUAUUAUAGCGAGCCUAAAGAGAGUUGUUUGCAAAGGAGAAACUCAUAGGAUGGUUGAUCUCAGGGGAAUACAAAGACUGUGAGAGGUGAGAGGGACACAUGCCUUCCAUGCUGGUGGAGAAGUCAGUCUGAAGAGAGGACCAGCCUGUUUGUCAUAGUGUCUUCCACCUUGUUUAAAAGAGCUCAUGGCCCGGAGUUGCAAUUUCUUUCCUGGCAGAUGCACUUUGGAGACCUACUUGACGGAGAUGAGGAAUGAAUGAAUGCUCUUCUUGGCAUCGUUCUCCCUCCAGUCUUGCAAUACUUUCUUCCAACCUGAGGAAUCUUACACCAGGAUCUUCCCGCAGAUCCUCAGACCUUGGUUGUGUAAACCCCUUUCCCACUCUCUUCCCCACCUUGUCCCUUUUCCCCACUUCUGCCUACCCACACUCUAAUCUUGCCUUCUGCCCUCAUGGAUGCCCAGAUUUCCCCUGCCACCACCCAUUCUAUUUCUUAUCCUUUCUGUCAUUCACCUUCUCCAGUAAGCAUCGUCACUUCCAUUACCUCACCAUUCAUUCUCUACAUCACCUGUGCAAACUUAGUUUGGUCCCUGUCUUUCUACUGAUAGUGUUUUUGCAAAGCUCACCAGUUAGAUCUCCGAAUCCUAUGACCUGCUCUCAGAGUUUGUCUUGUCCUGGAUAACACUGGAUAUUAUCAACCAUCGAAGUUGAAAUCCCCUUCUUUUUGGUUGCUCUGACAAACUGACCUGGUUCUAAGGACUCCUUUACCUUGUCCUAUGUUGGUGGGGGAAGGACUCGGAGGCAGGUCUUCUCUCUUCCUUUGACUAUCCCCUCAGAGGUUCUUCCAGUCUCUCCUCGGCCUAGUUCCCAGGGAACCCUGUUCCCCUGUGUGCUAAAUAUUUCAGCUUGAUUGUCCUGUGGGCAUUGCGUCCGAAUUUCUGCUCACUCAUUAAGCAGUCUCUCUCAGCUGCCCAAUUUCUGUCAUCUGAGCUCAAAAUUGCAAACUUACAGCAUUUUUAUCUUGUCACCAAAUUCUUACCCAUUUUCUCCUUUAACAUCUCCAAAUACAAUCUUUCUUUCCAUUUUCAUUGCUUCCCCCACCCCCAAUGUUACUUCUCUCCAAAGAGCUACCUUAGUUAGUGCUCCCUCCCUGGUCUGAAGGCUCUGCUUGGACUUAAGAGAAUCAAGUCAUGGCCUCUUUCGUGGUCAGGACUCUGCAGAUUGGCACCUUCCUGUCUUUCUCUGCGUCCCAGCCAGGCAAAAGCCCCAUCUUGUCUGGUGCCUGGUGUGCCUCUGUGCCUUUGUCCUUCAUUAGAUGGUUCUUCUGUUGCUUUCUCAAAGUCUGCCUGUUUCUUUAGAGCCCACCUCAACUUGCCCCAUCUACUUCUCUAACUGCUCCAGCCCACGUAAUGGACUCUCCACUCGAAUAGCUCUUAGUAAUGCCACUCAUUUGGAGACUUGGGUGAAACACAGCAGCCAGCAGCUGAUGUUUCUGUCUGUUUUCCCCAUGAAAACUAAGCUCCUUGAGGGAGAGCCCUUGGCACUGUCUUCAUAUUUGCCUAGCAUCUUCAUCUACUGGAGGGGAUCAGUUUGCAAAGGAGACAUGUUUCUUCAUUGCAUCUGGAUGGGACUUGAGGUCUCCUGCAACGCUCUCUGCCUACUGAUUGCUACAUCCUUAAUGUGUUGGAUUUUGCUCUUAGAGUAGGAGGAAAGAUUGGUUUCAGGAACCAAGAGGGUUGGCACAUAGCUCAACUUCUUUGAGUCUGAGUAGUAACUGUUUCUUGUGCUGAAACAGUCCAUAUAAUUGAAGUUUUACUUUAGAAAUUGCACUAAGGGAACUGUCUCAUACCAAAGGAAAACUUGUAUUCUGGGUGGUUGUCUUUUUGAAGGUAGAAUAUUACUUUAAAAGUCCACUUCCAAGGGAGUCAAAGGCCAGUCCAUAGGAUAGGCUAAAUCAAUACUGAAAGACCUGAUAGCUAGCUAUAUAUGUCUGACAUUUCUUUUUCCAUCAUGGCUUUUAACAGAACAUCUGUUACAGAAUUCUAAAUUUCGAAAACUCCCCAGAUGGUGAUUCUCAUUUUCUUUACCAGUUCAAGCCAUUUAAAUCAAAAAAAAGGAAGCCUCCCCCUUGUGCUUACAGGGCAACCUGAUCUGUGAAUGCUGCCUGGGAUGAAAUUUCUGAAAAUUCUUGCCAGGAAGGUUCAGUUUGGCACUGCCGUGCUCAUGUACAUCUCGUGUGGAGAGACUUUCAAGUUCAGUUUAACUACAUCCAGAGCCAGUUCCACGAGUCAAGACGUGGCCUUCCCAAAUAUCCCCCUGUAGACUCCUCCAUAAAGGCUUUGGCUCUGAGCUGUACCAUUCUCUAAGCUGCCAACAAACCCAGCCCCGUCACACGCUGAUAGAUAUUCCUGUAAUUCAGAAGUCUACCUUGUUCAAUAAAUGGUUGAUUGUUGAAA